ACGUGUCCGCGCUCUUCCUUCUCGGCUCCCGUAGCUCCCUGUGCAUUAGCUUUUGGCGCCUGUCCUGCAGCUCACAAACAGAAGACAGACUGACCGCGUGCCAUCGUCAUGGGUAAAAAGCAGAACACAAAGUCCAAGAAGGACUCAAGCACAUCAGAGGAGCCCGAAGAAUUUGUGGUGGAGAAGAUCCUGGACCAGCGCCUCGUCAAUGGCAAAGUGGAGUUUUACCUCAAGUGGAAGGGCUUUACAGAGGCUGACAACACAUGGGAGCCUGAGGAGAACCUGGACUGUCCAGAGCUCAUCUCGGCAUUCCUGGAGGCGCAGAAGAACAUCAAGGAGAAGCCUGCUGCCGUGAAGCGGAAGGCUUCUACUGAGGAGGCUGAGCCAGAGCCCAAGAAGACAAAUGAGAAACCUCGCGGUUUUGCCAGGAACCUGGAGCCUGAACGCAUAAUUGGAGCCACAGACAGUAGUGGGGAGCUCAUGUUCCUAAUGAAAUGGAAAGACUCAGACGAGGCAGACCUGGUUCCCGCUAAAGAGGCGAACAAGCGCUGCCCUCAGGUGGUCAUCUCCUUCUACGAGGAGCGCCUCACGUGGCACUCCUGCCCUGAGGAUGAGGCGCAGUAGGCUCCUGUUUUAGCUCUCCUCCUUUCGUUUUUUAGUUCUGUCAGAGUGGGCACUGAGGUUUUGUAAAGAGAGAGUCAAGCAGGAGUCUUCCUGGGUUGGGGUGGGUCCAGUUGGGUUGGGUGCAUCUGGUUGUGGGUGGGUUGUUGCUGCUGCCUCUAAAUACUCUUCUUUUGCUGUUUGUUAGUUCACUUUUUGCCAUGUUGUUUUGACAGUUGGUCCUGACUAGAGGGAACUUUUAUAAACUGUUUAUAUUUGUUGAAGAUUAAAGGCUUUUAUGUGAUCAACUUUGUUUAAUAAACUGUAACAAAAUAUUA